AUGCCGCGUCCAAGGCUGGAAAAUCGUCCUCCCCUCUCGCCAAACGGGCAUUCGGAUCUUCCAUCCCCAGAAGAUCCCCGCCAGGCGCUCACGCAAUCCCGCAUAUCUUCCAUCUUCCGCCAUUAUGUCAGUGAGCUCGCACCAUGGUAUGAUUUAAACGACGCGCGACGCCGCUUCCAGGAUGUGGUCUCGGUCGAAGCCCUACAUAAUCCUCUGCUCUUUAGCGCGAUCCUCGCAUUCUCGUCCGUGCAUCUCCACAGGUCUUUAGGGUCAAGAGAGUUCUUAUACAUUGCAGAGUACUACCACUUGGAGAGCAUCCGGAGAUUGAUUGCCAUUACAGAUCGCAGGAGCCAGAUUCACGACGGGGCAACGCUGGCAGCGACGUGUUUACUACGAUCGUACGAGAUUCUGGCUCGAUCCCAGAGCCAUCUCCACGGCUCGUCAUCCUUUUUGGCCGGCCAGCAGAUUCGGAUCGGCCCCGAUCUGCUCAGCGCGGGUUUCUGGAACUACCUGCGAGAAGACAUCACGGUUGCCUUGAUAGAGAAACGUCGGUUGAAGAUUGACCUGGAAAACAUCUGGAUGCAGUACCCUACCGAGGACGAUGACCGAGCUAACAUGAUCAGUCUGCUUCUGGGCAGGACAAUCAACAGCUGUUUCGGAACAGGGAACGACGCCCGCGUUCUACCUAUCCCGGAGUGGAGAUCAUUGAGGGAGCAGGUUGAUGAAUGGAGAAGAGAUCUGCCAAUCUCGUUUGAACCUAUUCACUUCGAGCAGGAUCGCAGCACCAACAAUUUUCCCGAACUGCUGCAUUUUCACGGAUGGCACAUUGCCGGGUUGCAGUACUACCAUACGCUUCAAAUCAUUCUUCUUUUAGCCGAGCUGGGCUCUGUUGUGACGGCCGAAGCUGGGUCGUUGAAAAUGGGAUCCCGAAUUAUGGCGUUAACUCCUCGCGUGGCUCAGGAGAUUGAGCAUCACGCGGUGCAGAUCUGCGCCUUGGCCAUUUCGAACGAUUCCAAUGCCGCCAGAGUCAACGCCUUUGGGCCUAUAGCAUUCUGUGGAGUAUACAUCAGGAACCAGCAACAAAGGCGACAACUACUCGACGAACUCCAAAAAUGGGAGAAGUUGACUUCAUGGCCGGUCGAAAGUAUAGUGCGUGUUCUCCAAACAGCUUGGGAGGAAGAUGGGGAGGCCGUUCCAUGA